AUGCCGAACGAUAAUCAAGGUGUUAUUCCACAUUGCAAUGGACGUAGAGUGGCCACCGGUAAAGUCAUCAAUGCGAUUCUCGACUCUUCGCAAGGAAUGAACCGUUGCCUCGUGAUCGUAAGCUUGACCGAUGGGUUGAGGAUUGAAUUUCCUGUACCGACCACACAAGAAAUCCGAGAUCGUUUCUUCUAUAAGAGGGCAAAGACUCAACCUGACAAGCCAGCUCGACCUCCGAAUAAAUUUUUCAUCUUUCGAACCAUGUUUCAAGGGGCCAUCGAUAGCCUGAAACUUCAGGUUCCUAUCGUGUCCGGACUCGCGAGCGAAGUUUGGAAAAAAUGUAGUCCAGAAGUCGUUGAAUUAUUUACAAAACUCUCACAAAUUGCAAAGACCGAACAUGGUGUGAUCAAUCCAGGAUACGUUUACAAGCCGAAUAGAGAUAAGUCUCACAACAUGAAAUCCAAGAACAACUCUCGUAUCCGGGGAAAGGCUUCCCAAGAUGUAAAUCAUUCAUUACAAAGUCCAACGUUAAGUGAUAUUUCCCCGGAAUUUUCAUCGACUGCGCCCGUAUGGACUGCUCCCUCAAAUUUGUUUACUCCAAACGAGCUUGUAAAUAAUGUAAUCCCUUCACAACAUGCUGCCGCGAAUCCAUACAUGAUGAACGAAUCAAUCACAACGGAACAAAAUUACCAGACGAUACCAUCUUACGGUUCAAUUGAUCUACCCAUUCACCCCAUUACAACUCAACCAUUUGGAACAAUACAAGCCUGCCGACAAUUCUAUAAUUGUCCAAAGUUUUUGUAUUGUUCCAACAACGAGUUUCAGAUCGAUCAAUUCAACGCGUUAGGAUACGAGCAAAGUGCGAUGCCGCAAAUAUCAACCCCGGGUCAACCUAUGCCUUACCUUUCAACGAUAAGGCAUAUGAACUUGAAUAAUGAACCGGAUCAAUUUAUCUUUGAUUCUCCCGUAAGCGAGAAAAAUGACGUGGAUUUGUUACCAGAACAAAUGCACAUGACGAAUUCAAUGGUACUAAACCCACGUCAUUAUACGAUUUUACAACACCCUUACGAACAAUACGAACGAUCCUCAGCGUUACCAUUUAAGUUUGAAAGCAUUAACUGA